AUGGAGGAGCUGAUCCGCGAGGAUGCCCAACUUCUCACCAAGCCCAUGCGAGUCGCAAGGAUCAUCAAUGCCCCGCGCCUUCAGGGUAGAGACGGCUUCCCUGUGCUGCCCAUCGUUGCUGCUGCUCUGUACCGCCGCUUCGACGUCGUUGACGCGCUGCUGCCGCACUACGGAGCGAUAGGAAUGCAGUUUGACGCGUUCGUCAUGACCGUCUUGUCCGGGAGCAAGCGAGCUCGUCAGGCGCUCAAGGAGAUGCUAGGGGAGCAUCCUCACAUCCUCAGGGAGCUCUGUCCCAGCAGCGCUUUCAUCGGAGGUCGGCAAGCCACCCAUCCCCUUGCCUCGUCACGUGGGCCGACCGAGGACCUCAGGCUCGUCGGCUGCUCCCUUCUCGAGAUCGCCGCGAAGUUGCAGCUGACCGACACGGUACAGCUGCUCCUCCAGCUGGGCUCGACGCACACGCUAGUCUCUGCCCUGCAGGCUGGUGCGGUGGAAGAGCUACGGAGGAUCUUGCGACAAAGCCCAGCUGGAUUCAACCUUGUCAAUCGUCACUUUGACGGAAGGAGUGCGGCGGAGGCGAACAUCCAUAGCAUGACUCCGCUCAUGUACGCAGCCUGCAGGAACGACGUGGCGAUGGCACGCAUGCUGCUGGAGGAGGGAGCCGACAUCUUCGUCCAAAGGAGGGGGCAGAGCUCUACCUGCAUCAACUACGCGCAGAUCUAUGACCGGAACGUACAGCAGCGCUUCCCCAUGCUGCUGCUGCUCCUCGAGGAGUACAGGAGGAGGAGGAGGGCAGGGGAAUGUCCUCCGGACUGGAUCAACCUGAGGGAGAGGUGCAAUGAAUGGAUGGACAGCACGCACCCGGACGCAAAGAACCUCAUCGUCGAGUACGAGCUCGAUAUGGAUGAGGACGACAUUGAAGGCGUUGACGAGGUCGUCUCGGAGCUUGAGAGGCACUUGGUUGCAUCCUGGCUUGAGCCAUAUAGCCUCCACAUGGCGUGUAGCGACAUGGCCAUGUGUUUAGUCUUGAGAGGAGCGGGAGAGGAGCGCAAGAGGCUCCUGUGGAGGAGGAGAAGCGAGGAUUGA